AUGAGCGACUUCCAAGACCAAGGUCCUCUAGAAUACGAUCCUGUUACCACCAUAGCCAGCGGUCUCCGCGAGAAAAGACUGCGAUUCAUCAAAAAGAUACCAAACGAUCACGAUAGCGAUAUUUGUUCACCAAGAGACCGCCGCGCUGCCCUUGCCGUAUUCGACGAAGCCAUCGAAAAGAUCCGCGAAGAAAACCGCCUAGAAGUAACUACGGAGGCCGACUACAAGAUCAGGGUGAUCUUAGGGAUCACCAAAGCGCAACCUUCUGCAUCGGUGUUCCAAAAUAAGCAACAACUCUCGCCCAUAGACCCCCACACUGGCGCAAAGACGGUUGGCCCGAAUCGUUUCCUGAGAGGGCCAUUCAGAAAGAGCGAACUAUGCAAGGGGAGCCCAGAUCUUGGAAAGAUCAAGAGUGGGCUGAGCCUGGAGGAUUGA